AUGCCGAAGCCUCAGCAGCGAGUGUGCCAGCACUGCGGCAAGGCUGGCCACAACCUCACGAGUUGCCCUAAGCUCGCCCAGCAGCUCCUCCGCAGCGUGCAGAAGGCCCACUCCCCCAGCGCCGUGGUGGACGCGCUCAAGGCAGGCGGGUCGGGCCUCAAGGUAACGGGGACACAGACGAAGUUCAUCCACCGCAAGGCCCACAAGCUGCAGCGCAGGGCAGCGAAGGGGCGCAAGAAGGCGGCGAACGAGAGGCGCCGCUGCUUGACCAGGAGCACCAAGGACGAGGCAAAGCUGGCCUUGGCAGCAAAGCGGAGCAUGGCCAAAGCGUGGAAGGCUCUGGCCAAGUGGCGCUUGGCCAAGGCGGGUGCGCGUGGUAACUGCAGGAGCUACCCUUGCCCUCGGUGCCAUGCAGGCUGUACCUGCACCACGCUCGACGGACACGGCCAGACAGGGAACGGCCCGCAGACCAAGCGGAAAAAGGCGCUCCAGGCCACGCUGGCGGUCAAGAAGAGAAAACUCACCUCGGUCUUCUUUCGGGGCAGCAGAUGCGGUGACAUCUACAAUGACAUCAAAUUCUUCGUUCUCCACCAGGUCAAGUACCCGUUCCCGCUGCCUGCGCUCGUGGAGUUUGUAAAGAAGUACCAUGCAGCCACGAGGCCCGAGCUGCAGCAGCUCUGCAAGGAUGUCGGCAUGUCUCGCUCUCGCUCCAUCAUGAAGCUCUUUCGCUGGCUCCUCUGGCAGGAGGCGAACCUCGGCUACGAGGAGAUGCAGGCCAUGACGCUCAAGGGCGUCGUCGAGGGCGACGGCACUGGCCUGAAACUCUUCAAGCACAAGGGGAAGAACUGCCACGUAGCACUGUGGGGUUUGGCGGAGCGGCCCCGCGGUUCAGCCGUGCCGCGAACAGUGGUGUACUUCGUGCCAGUCAAGAAGGUUGCGCCCAAUGCCGUGUGCCCGGUAGUGCGAGGAGUAAAACAGGUAGAGUGCCGCGAGGACGUCUUGGCGUCGGGCGGCCUUGACCACGUCGCGACCAAGUCGGUGCUGGUCUCUGACGGUGCUCGUUUGUACGCCCGCCUGGCUCGUGAGCAUGGCCUACGCCAUCGAUUCUGUGUACAUUCCAAGGGGAUAUGGAAUGAGAAGGCGCGUGUGCGUGGGUAUGGCACACUCGAUGUGAACACAGGUAUGAUCGAUGAGCGGUGGUCUCGCAUCAAGGAGUGGAUUCCGAAGGGAAUCUGGGGGAGUGACGGCGAGGGCAACCUGAACGUGGAGCUCUGGAGCUACGUCUACCAGUGGUGGUUUCGAUGCCAUCAUCCUUUGAAAGCGGACAGGCAGGCGCGCUUGGCCGAGUACUGGGGGCGUGAGGCUUAG